ACCAGAUCUCUGAACCAAUGAGUGGUCAGAACUCAUACAUCAAAGCGGAGACCAGCCAAUCAGAGCUUUCCUGAGCAAGGCAUGGAGAGCGUUUUACCUGGUAGUAUUUAAUUGGCUGCAUCUCUUCUAGUCUUGUGCGCAUUUUGACAGAAGAGCUCGUGCAUUUUUGGAUAUUUAUUUAUUUAUCGUGUUGGAGCCUAUUGGAUAGCAGAAUGGCAUCUGGGACUAGUGACUGUCUGGAAAAGAACAUCCAGUAUCGGGUGGAUCAUUUAUUGACUGCAGUAGAAAAUGAACUUCAAGCUGGCAGCGAGAAAGGAGAUCCAACAGAAAGGGACCUUAAAGUCAGUUUGGAUGAAAAUGAACUUUGGCAGAAGUUCAAAGAACUGACGAAUGAAAUGAUAGUGACCAAGAAUGGCAGGCGCAUGUUCCCAGUGCUCAAGGUGAAUGUGUCCGGUCUGGAUCCAAACGCCAUGUACUCCGUCUUACUGGAUUUUGUGGCAGCAGACAAUCACAGGUGGAAGUAUGUGAACGGUGAAUGGGUACCGGGUGGCAAACCCGAGCCACAAGCCCCGAGCUGCGUCUACAUCCAUCCAGACUCACCAAACUUCGGUGCGCACUGGAUGAAAACCCCAAUCUCCUUCAGUAAAGUCAAACUCACCAACAAAUUGAACGGAGGUGGCCAGAUUAUGCUGAACUCGCUACACAAAUAUGAGCCACGUAUCCACAUAGUGCGCGUUGGUGGUCCACAGAGAAUGAUCACCACUCAUUCUUUCUCUGAGACACAAUUCAUAGCAGUUACUGCAUACCAGAAUGAAGAGGUUACUGCUCUCAAAAUUAAAUACAAUCCAUUCGCCAAAGCUUUCCUGGAUGCCAAGGAAAGAAGUGAUCAUAAGGACAUAAUAGAGGAUAUCAGUGAAAGUCAACACUCUGGCUAUUCUCAAUUCAGUAGCUGGUUUCUGCCAGCCACAGGGUCUCUCUGUCCUUCUGCAAACCCUCACGCACAGUUUGGCAGCCCGCUCUCUCUGUCCUCACCCCAUGGCUGUGAACAUUACUCGACUCUGAGAAGUCACCGGUCUACGCCAUACCCCAGCCCAUAUGCCCACCCGACUGCCUCUCCCAAUGGUUACUCUGAAAGCUCAACCUGUCUCUCCAUGUUGCCGUCUCAUGAUAACUGGUCCAGUCUGCAGAUGUCCUCCCACUCCGCUGUGCUGCCAAUGGGCCACGGCUCUCCCCCAAACUCAAACUCUAGUCAGUACACCAGCUUGUGGUCUGUAGGGAACUCACCUUUGACCUCAGUGUCUCAGGCUGGAAGUAUGGCCAGCAGUCUGGGCUCCCAGUUUCUCCGCGGCUCUGCCAGUCACUACAGCAGCCUGGCUCACCCAGUCACAGCACCCUCUUCUGGCUCUCAGGUAUAUGACUCCACAGCUGUGACUGAAGUGCACGAGGCCUCACAAUAUGACAGUUCAGCCCAUGUACGCCUUCCUACAGCCUGGACCCAAGUAACACCAUCCUCCUUAUAGGAAGUUGACCCAAUGGAGUAAAACUGAACUAUCAUUGCUUUUAUGCAAUAGCUUUUGACGCAAAUAUAUUACAUCAACUGGUUUCUCUGUUGUUGUUUUUUUUGUUUUUUUUGUUUUUUUUUUUUGCAGUGGAAUCGACUCAAGUUAGCAACUUAAGUUAGCAAGUUAGUUUUUUGGGGGUAUUUUUAUGCUUUAUAUUCAAAACUAAAGCCUUAUUAAGACCUAACCGAAAUCCGUCUUCCUUUUUCCAAAACCCUUAUUGUAAUAAUUCAGCCAGUUAAAGGCAUGUGGGGGU